CAGGAGUUCUGCAGCAUCUUUUAGACGCACCCAGCAACAGCAGCUUUUAGCCUCCUCCUCCUCUCACUGGUAAAGCGGAGCAGGUGAGAGUUUCCACUUAUUAGGUUGUCACUACAGGGCUGUGGGUAGGAGGCGGAUGGGGGGAGGUGACAGCGAGCACUAGAGAAAGGGGACGCCAGACAGAGAAAGCUCAUUCACUUCAACCACAGCUGACUAAAAAGCCCAACGAAGAGCCGCACAGAAAUUGUCUCAGGCUGGAAAAAGAGCUCCCUCUGUUUCUGCUAAUGUGAUGAUGGCCUCCACCUCUUUGAUAAAAGAAAUCGGCUGCAAUGGUAUUCUGCGCCUCCUCAUUUUUGGAAUACUUCUUCCAUCAGUAUUAGUAUCAGGCCAAUCUUCCACCGUUAUGAUGUCCACUUCUUCCACUGGUGCCUCCACCGCCAUGCCUUCCACCACUAUGACCUCUGGAGACACGACCUCUGGAGGCACAACCUCAAAGCCUGCCCCGUCUGCUAUGAUGUCCACCACCACCAGCCCCGCAGCUACAUCCUCAGGAAGCCAAACAGCCUCGACCAAUCAGCCUACCAACUCUGGAGGCUCAGCAUCCACCUCCAUCCAGUCUCCCACCACCACCGCCUCCUCAACAGGCUCAGCAUCCACCACACAGUCCCUCCCAAGCCAAACUUCUUCUGCCAAUUCUGCAUCAUCAUCACCUGUCACCUCUAGUUCAAUCAGUGCUACUAAUUCAGGAACCGAUUCUGCCUCCUCUACAGCUGGUUCUAUGACCAUGGCCCAGUCCAGCACUACCAUGAUGGCGUCAGGCUGGACCAGUUCAACCAACUCUAUGACUUCAGGCUCUGGAUCCUCAAACACAAUGAUGCCCACCAGUCAGCCAUCAACCUCCAUUGGUGGCACAUCUGGUACGAAUUCUUCAAUGGGCAUGGCAAGUCUACCUUAUUAG